AUGGCUUCAGCGACCGACGAAGGCGCAUCUCACGACAGCCAAGCUGGUCCGACAAGCCCACCGCGGAGGGGCGGACCAGGCCGUGGCAGAGGCAGAGGAGCUUCUCGAGGGCCUCGAACUGCAGAGGAUCAGCAAGAGUUCCCAGGAUCGAGGGGGCGAGGGCGUGGCACAAACAGAGGUGGAGGAAGAGGCCGUGGCGACCGCGGUGGUCGAGGGGCCGAGCGAAGCUCUGGAAAGGCACCCGCAGCUGAUGCUGAGCCUGCAGCUCCAAAACUAGAGGCGCCCGCAGCAGCAGAAGACCCAGACGCUGAAGUUUGCUUCAUCUGCGCAUCCCCCGUUCAACAUACGGCAGUGUCCCCUUGCAACCACCGUACCUGUCACAUCUGCUCUUUGCGGUUGAGAGCGCUAUACAAGACUAAAACCUGCGCACAUUGCAGAACAGAAUCCGACCACGUUAUUUUCACAGACGAUGUUGUCAAAAAUUAUGAAGAUUAUGGGGCAAAGGAUUUCUUCAAGUCUGAUGAUAAUCUUGGGAUCCGAUUCGAAACGACCGAGACAUAUGAGGAUACAGUGCUGUUGUUGAGGUAUAAUUGCCCAGACGCCGACUGUGAUGUAGCUUGCUUGGGAUGGCCGGAUCUGCAUCGACAUGUGAAGACUGCGCAUGGAAAAUCUAUGUGUGAUUUAUGCACGCGAAAUAAGAAAGUAUUCACACAUGAACACGAAUUAUUCACACCAGCAGAACUAGGAAGGCAUCGGAAAUUCGGAGACGACAAUCCAGGAGCUAUCGACCAGAGCGGUUUCAAAGGUCACCCCGAAUGCGGAUUUUGCAAAGAACGAUUCUACGGGGAUGACGAGCUCUACACACAUUGCAGAGAUAAGCACGAGCGCUGUCAUAUUUGUGACCGCCGCGACGGUGGACGGAAACAACAGUACUACGUGGACUACAACGGUCUCGAGGCUCAUUUCCGGAAAGAUCAUUUCCUUUGCCCGGACACGGAAUGUUUGGAGAAGAAGUUCGUAGUCUUCGACUCUGAGAUGGACUUGAAGGCGCACCAGAUUGAAGUGCAUCCAAAUGGUUUAUCGAAGGAUGCGCUGCGCGACGCUCGCAGGGUGGACAUGUCAGGAUUUCAAUAUCGGGCACCCCAUGAACAAGAACGAGGCGGACGCAGGGGGAGAGGCAGAGAGGGAGGAGGAAGAGGACGCGGACGUGAUCCAAACGCCGAGCCACUUCCUGCAUCGUCUGCACAGCCGCUGACUCGAGCCGAAUUGGCAUAUCAGAGACAGAUGGCGAUCCAAAGUGCACCGACUGCGACUAGCCGCUCUUUCGGUGGACAGCUAACGUCAACACCAACGCCUUCGGAAGCUUUUACUGCUCGCGCCCCUCCUAACACCGCGGAACCCGCCACAGUGACAGCAUCUCGACCCCCAGCUCCUUCCAAUGGAGUUUCAAACACCACCAAUGCCACCAACACUCCAGCAGCAGCUAACAUUCCUCGAACACCGGCCGAGCAUGCAAGACAGUUGCGCCACAAUGCCGUGAUAGAGCGAGCAGCAGGUCUUUUGCGGAAUGACCAAAGCAAGCUUGGCGAAUUCCGCAACCAAGUCACGGCGUAUCGGACAUCGAAAGUCACGGCGACACAAUUGAUAGAUGGCUUCUUCUCGUUGUUCGAUACAAGCUCAGCGGAGCUGGGCAAGCUGGUGAAGGAGUUGGCAGACAUCUUUGAGAUUCCAGGCAAGAAAGAUAAUCUGCUCAAGUCUUGGAAUGAUUGGAGGGCUAUCAACGAAGACUACCCAUCUUUACCUGGAGCAGCUAGCGGACUAUCUCUGGGUGGUUCUGCAGCACACGGUGGUUCAAGGGUGCUGAAACUCAAGAGUUCUACAGCACAAUCAUCGCGAUCUUCGGUCAACAAGCAAGCCAGCUGGUCGUCAUCGUCAUCUAGCAACCCAUUCCCUGCGCUCCCAACAGCGGCGUCGUUAAGUCGGAUAGGAGCCAAGCCCGGACAGACACCUUGGUCAUCAUCCUCGGCGUCGGGUUCGGCACCAGCGGCAAGGAUCUCGCCACUGCCGUCACGAACCUCGUCGUCCGUCGCGCUGAACAACGCCACCAAGAAGGCACCCGCCAGGUCGGCCGACGCAUUCCCUGCACUGCCGGCGGCACCGAAGCCAACAAGUACCAUCUUCAGUCCAGGAUACACGGGCGCAGGCCUCCGACGGGACAACAGCGGGCGCAAUACCCCAGUCAAUGCUUGGGCAGGGGGAGCAGCCGGGCAGAGCAGUGCAGCAUUGCCCGACGACGACGCAGCCGCUGGGCUUCCAGGAGCAAAGAAGAAGGGGAACAAGAACAAGAAGCAGACACUAUUCCACUUCGGAUAG